UUUAAUCUAGCGAUUCUGAACGGAACUAGUUGCUGUCAAAAAUGUCGGUCAACCCGCAGGUAGUGCAGUUGGGAAACAAUGAAAAUAAUAGAAAUGGUAAAAGGACAAUGAAACCUUUAUUCCAGAAAUCAUCUGAUUGUUCUUACGUAUCAUGUUAUUGUGAAGAGAAUGUGUGGAAACUAUGCGAGGAUGUAGCUCUGAGAAUCCCCGAUGAACUGGACAGUUGCUAUGUGGUUUUCAUUUCGAAUUCGUGCCGCACUGUGCCUCUGUGGAGACAAAGGGCAGGACGCGAGGAGGACCGACUAGUUAUAUGGGAUUACCAUGUUAUAUUUAUGUAUGCUUUUGACUGCAAGACAUGCCUUGUAUAUGAUUUAGAUUCAGAGUUGCCUUUUCCAACCUUUUUCCACAAGUAUGUGACUGAGACAUUGCGCACAGACCAAGUAUUGAAAUCUGAUUUUCACAGGUUCUUCCGUGUAGUGCCUGCUAAGGAAUUCCUGCAGCAAUUUGCAUCAGACCGACGCCACAUGAAGAGGCCUGACGGCUCCUGGAUAAAACCUCCCCCACCAUACCCUCCAAUCCGUUCAACAACUUCAUCCAACAACUUGGACGAGUAUAUCAACAUGGAUGCCGAGUCAGGCCCGGGUGAGGUGUUAGGCUUGACAGACUUUGUUAAGCGCUUCUACAAAAUAGACAAGUAGUACAAAUGAUCGCUAGAUAGCCCCAAUAUUAGUUAUAAAUUUUGUUGCCAUUUUGAUCUUGAUGAGGUGAACGUUUAGUUGUUUUAAUGAUUGUUAGACCAAAUUCAUUUUAUCUGUUUACCCUUGAGAGAUUUAAAAAAAUAAUAUAAUAUGCACAUAAGUAUAUAACUAUUGCCCUCGAUAACAUAACACAUGAAGUGAUUUUGCACAAUAAUAUUUUAAAAAUACGUAGGUAUGUUCUAUUUAUAUUUGUAAUAGUCACAUUUCUAUGUCGGUAUUUAACAAUAUAGAAUUGAAUUGUAUAUUUAAUUUGAUUGAUAUAUCUAUUUAUUAAAAUAAUUAUAACAAUAUUAAUUAUAUGAAAUAAUAAUAAUUAAAUAUAAAAUACUUGCAUAGAAACUGUGGCUAAAAUACUAAUUAAAGUAAAAAUUCUUCCUCUUUUAUGUCCUGCAAAGAAAUGAUAUUAGUUAGACUAAUUAUUAUAAAAAUAUAAUAUCACAUAGUAAGUAAUAUAUGAGAUUCUAAUAAUUUAAUCUAACCCUCUUCUUAUACCUAUAUACAUUACAAUAUAUUGAUAAAAGCUAGAUAGUUAUUUAAUUGAUGGUGAUAGUCUCUCGCUUGCGAGUUACCUCUGACUACCCCUUCGGGGAUUACAGUCGUGAGCAUAU